AACCCACGCAGGUUUGCUCAGUCAGGCAGAUCUGGGUUGUACGUUCAGAGAAGCUGCAGCCUGAAAACCUUUGCUUCACCUCCAGAGUCGGUCAAGUUCUCCUGCUGAGUUCUGAGUUCAGCGUUGGACGUCAGGGGAUCCACCUGGUCCAGGAUAAGUUCAGAGCUCUUUAGAGAAACAAAGAAACCGACCCAACUCUUUCGAAGUCCGUUGAAAAGAUGGAACAGCAAAGCUUCUUCACUCACAGAAAAGCAUUGGCGGUGAUGUGCAUUGCCUGUUUUCUGCUGGCUCAGCAGGCACAUGCAGGUCCGCUGGUAUCGCGGCUCCAGUCUGGCUCUGGCCAGAUCCAAGACGUAAGAGGGGAACACACAGAGCACAUGCUGAAAAGAAUCGCCCGCAUGACCCCACUGUGGAGGAUCAUGAGCAGCAAACCGUCUGGGGCUUUCUGCCAAAACAACUUUGAAUGCGCGACUGGACUCUGCAGGGAGGGACGCUGCUCCACAAACCAACGCCCGUCAUCAGACCCCGUGAAGUAUUAGAGGCCUCCGGACGUCAGCCGUGCGAUCCCAACCUGGGUGCAUUCUGAAACCUGGGAUGCAACCUCUAUUUUUUUAUCUGUAUUGUCUGAACUUGUAUUUAUAACUAUGAGUAUAAUAUCUGCACAGCCACUUGGGUUUCUUGCCAAUUGAACUGCCGGAAAAUUGAUGCAAACAGCUAAAUAGCUGGUGGACUGAGGAGAGUUGCCAAAAUGACAUUGGUGCUACGAUUCAAAAGAAGAUGCUUUUCCUGUUUUUGGGACGUUCAAGCUACUUUAGCCGUGAACUUCAUCUUACAAAUGAUGUGAAGGAGUUUUGAAUCCACACACGCUUCCUAAUAACACAGGCUUGGUUGAUAGUUCAGUUGGAUUCUUCUGAUAUAACAAUAAUGACCCGUAAAAAAAAAAAAACAAUUAAAAAAACAAAACAAAAACAGACAUAAGACACAAGUCCCACCAUUUUUCCAUCCUCCUGGGCAGAAGGGUCUUGCAUUGUUUUCUCAGAUCGUCUUUUAUUUGCGGUUUGAUCCCGACGACAGACGGCAGGAGCAGGAACCGAUCUCAAGCACAGAGACUCUUUCGCGACCUUCGUCCUUCCGACCUUCGUCAGAAGUUGACGUCCUUGCGCUGUCUCGAAGAGCGCACGCGUUCCCUUUCAUCUCCAGAAAGCAGCAGAAGAUAACCCACAUGCACAGGCAGGGAUGCGAUUAGCAGAGCGUGGAAAACCCUCCACCGAAAGGCUUUCGACAGAAAGUUACAGAUUUUUCUUCAAAAUCCCAAUCAUUACUUAUUCUGUGUCCUGCACAGCUGACUAAAGACUAAGAGAGAUUUCAGACUUCCUUCCAAAUGCUUUGUUUAAAACAGACAUGGAUCAAACUUUCAAGUUGGCAACGAUAAACUUCACUGAGUUGGAAAGGGAGAAAUAAUUUUGUUUACAGGGUAAAAAAUCGCGCACAUAUUUAUUUGCCUCCUUUGUCUGAGUGUCAAAAAUGUUCCCGUUUGUGUUUAGCUCUUAUGUUUGGUUCAGUCUAGAACAAUUUAUUGCCCCUGAUUGGUUUUCUCCAAGCGCUCAACGUGGAGCCGAUCCACAGCCACGAGCUGCACGGCCUCAACGUUUGCACAUCUAUCCCCUUGACGCCUAAAGGGGUUAGAGUCCUGUUUCCAACACACCUGCAGAGUUUACACCACGCACACGGCAGGCGGAGCCGGAUGGCCUUUUUUUUUGCUCACUUUGAGGUUUUAGUCGGGCUGCACUUUUCAAAUCUGAAUAUCGUUGUACUGUACGGUGUUGCAAACAUGUAAAAGAGUGGAGGGAAAGUCGAAUAAAAGCUUUCGAACAAGGA